GUCCUUUUCUAUUAUCAGACACGCACAGGACCAAGAGACUGCAGCAUGCCUUCAUCUUUCACUACCAAUAUGAGGCUCAAAUUUCCUAUCCUCGCAAUUUCUUUGGAGAUUCUAAUAAUUAUUUUAUUUGCUGUUUUUGUAGCCUACAAGGACUAUAAACAUGAUGACCAUAAACAAGCCUCAAACGAUACUUCCACCACCGCCAGUGUUAGAUUCUCUCAAUUAUACCCUAUGUUCCAGGAUGUACAUGUGAUGAUCUUCAUCGGAUUUGGUUUCCUGAUGACCUUCUUGAAGAGAUAUGGCUUCAGCAGUGUUGGAAUCAAUAUGCUCCUCGCUGCCUUGGGUCUUCAGUGGGGCAUACUGGUGCAAGGCUUCUGGCACCUCCACAAUGGGAAAAUCGAAAUUGACAUUCUAAAAAUGAUUAAUGCAGAUUUUAGCACAGCUACUGUUCUCAUUUCAUUUGGCGCUGUUUUGGGAAAAACUAGUCCUGUCCAGUUACUUAUAAUGACAAUCCUGGAGAUCACUGUGUUUGCAAUGAAUGAGCAUCUGGUCGUUGAAGUGCUAGAAGCUAAGGAUGUUGGGGCCUCAAUGAUAAUUCAUGCUUUUGGGGCUUACUUUGGUUUGGCUGUAGCCCGCAUCCUCUACAGGCCAGGGUUGAAAAAUGGCCACGACAACGAGGGGUCUGUCUACCACUCCGACUUAUUUGCGAUGAUCGGUACCAUUUUCCUGUGGAUGUUUUGGCCCAGCUUUAACUCUGCUAUUGCUGAUGAAGGUGAAGAUCAGUACAGAGCUGUUGUAAACACUUACUUCUCAUUGGCUGCUUGUGUCGUUGCUGCAUAUGCAAUCUCCAGCUUUGUGGAACACAAAGGCAAACUUGACAUGGUUCACAUUCAGAAUGCCACUCUAGCAGGAGGCGUGGCAGUAGGAACCUGUGCUGACAUGAACAUCGGCCCCUUUGGAGCUAUGCUUAUUGGUUUGGUAGCUGGCAUCAUUUCAACCGUUGGAUUCAAGUUUUUGACUCCAAUCCUUGCAUCCAAGCUGUGUAUCCAAGACACAUGUGGUGUUCACAAUCUUCACGGCAUGCCUGGUAUUUUAGGAGGGAUUGCUGGCAUUGUGGCUGUUGCAAUGGGAGCAAAAACAGGGGGGUCAUAUGUCAUGCAGGCAGCUGCCUUGACAUCAUCUGUGUCGAUUGCCAUUGUGGGAGGAACUAUCACAGGUUUCAUUUUGAGGCUGCCAUUCUGGGGACUGCCACCUGAUCAAAACUGUUAUGAUGAUUCCAUUUACUGGGAGGUACCAGAAGAGGAGGAAGAGAAUGAGGAGGGUCUGGCUCAUGGAGAGCAUUCCAAUAAUAAGGCAGAGCCAUAGAGCAAAGAGCUCUGAAGGUUGUGAUGAAUGGCAUGGAUAUGGGGAUAAAGAGUACAAAGUGAUCAGGAAAUACAUACACAACUAUGUCAACUAGAAUAUUUCCUUUUUCUAUAGUAUGGUUCAACAUCGUUUUAUACGAGUAAGUUACUUAUUGGUAUUUCUAGCAGCGAACUUAGAGUUUUUUUUAUUUGGCUGUCUGCUAAUUGUCCAUUGGAAUUUUAACAUGACUUUUUGCUGUGUGUUUGUUUGUCUUGACAUAAAAUAUUGUGACUUCUUCUUAUGAGCCGAAAUAAUGUUCUAUGACAAAUAUCUUUUUACAUUGUACAUCUAUUGAAAGAACAUAUGCUCAGAUUUAUUUUUAUUAUUUCUUAUUCUUGGUUUUUAGUUGUUUGUUGUCUUAAGAAAAUCACUUUGGCCAGAUUUUCCUCUGUAGGCAGGUGGAAAAAAAGGUCCUACAGGGUAAGAUGGACAAAUUGUGAAAAAAAAAAGCUUCUGAAAAUGGACAUUUCAAUAAAAAUAAAAUUUAAUUGACGUUUAUGUAAAAUAUGUAAGUAAGCAUAUUUCUUAGUUGGCAUAUUAUUAUACCCAUUUAAAGUAUUAGAAUGUAUUCCAUAUUUACUCUUUACUCAGCUGUCUGUUCUUUUCUGUUUCGUUCUUUGCUUGUUUGGUAUUUUCCAUUUCGCAAUUUGAGCAAAAUGCUUUGCUCAGAGACCGAAAUAACCUUUCAUUUCGUUCUUUGAAAAUGUGUAAAUGCUCAAAUCGUGAAAUGUUUAUUGUUAAAUCAGUGAUUGACAGAAUCCUGACUCAGAGUGGAACAUAUAUACAUUACAUGUUAGAACCAAUAUUUUAAGCAUUUUUCAUAGCAGGACUAGACUAUUACAAUGUUUUAUAUACUAGACAUCAUAUUAAGAUAUGCCAUUUUUUUAUAUGGAAAAUAAACAAACAAAGGUGUACAAAAGUUGUAAUAUAAAUAUGCAGAAUUAUUACAUUGCAUUUUUCUAGUAUAUAUUUCUACAUUUUAACACAAAAUCUGGUCUUUAUUGUAGUUCCAACUACAAAUGUUCCAACUUAGCAAAUGUUAUGUUUUUACAUGUUUUAAAUGUCAAAUCUUAAACCUUGAUAAAACAUUCUUAAAUUUUAAAAUUAUAUAGUUGCAUUUCUUUGUUUAUUGCUUUUGAUACAACAGAAAAUGAAGCCAUAUUUAACCCUUUGCUUACCACAAUAAGAAUUAUGGUAUUUGGGUUGCAUAGCAGAAAGUUUUAUAUAUACAGUUGUAGUCAAAAGUUUACAUACCCCAAUGGAAAUUUAUAAUUUCUAGAAAUUUCUCGAAAACAAAUAAUUGUAGCAAAAGUUUUGCUUUUGUGGAUAAGGAAAAAAAAGUUACAAGAAAUAUUGAUUUAUUUCAGCAAUUUAUUUGCAAAACUCCAAAAAUACUAAUUCAAAAGUAUUCAAACCCUGACAAGGAAAAUUAAUAGCUAGCUGUGGCACCUUUAGCAAUAAUAUGUUAUUUUAAAUGAUUGGGAUAUUUGUCAGUGAGCUUUUGGCAUGAUUCUUUGACCAUUCUUUAACACAAAAUUGUUCCAAUUCAUUCAAAUUCCGAGUACUUCUCUUGUGCCUUCUUCAACUCAUACCAAAGACCAUACCAGAGACCUAAAUCCAAUCGAAAAUUUGUGGCAUGACUUGAAGAUUGCUGUCCAUCAAUGCUCCCCAAGGAACUUGACAGAGCUUGAACAGUUUUCUAAAGAUAUGGUCUAAAGAAAUGGUCAAAUAUUGCCAAAUCUAGGUGUGCAAAGUUUGUAGAGACCUAUCCCAACAGACUCACAGCUGUAAUUGCUGCCAAAGGUGCUUCCACCAAGUAUUAACUCAGGUGGGUGGAGACGUAUCCAAUUAUGAUCUUUCAGUUUUGUAUUUUUAAUAUAAUUAAAAUAUAACAGUGUGGAGUAUGGUGUGUAGAUAAGUGGAAAAAAAUCCUAAUUUAAGUGCAUGAAACUCUGAGUCACUGACACAACAAAAUGUGAAAAAUGUUCAAGGGGGUGUAGACUUUCUAUAGGCACUGUAUAUUGAACUGUACACAAAUUCCAACUACAAAAAUAUUUGAUUUAAUUAGCAGUUUUCAUAGAUCCAGAUUAGCCAUUAACAAGUUUAAAGUGUGAGACAACAUACAUUGUAUUUGUCACCUUCAUCUUUUGACUGUAGAAAAUGUUUGCUCAUUUCUUGGCUUAAUAUGGACACUGGAUUAUCCACCUGUAAACAAUUAAACACAUUUCAUGAAGAUUAA